AUAAAAGAAUAUUCUGUUAAAUUUAACCCAAAAAGAAUCGUCCACGUUUUCUCACUCACAAUUAAUCGUUUUCUCACGCAUAAUGUUUUAACUAGGUAAUAAUUGCCAUUCAAAGGUUUCUCUCUCACGCAGCUGGAGUACACCAUUCUCUUAUGGAAAAUCUUUCAAAGGUUUCUCACGCAUAAUGUUCAUAAUAUGUUUUCUCACGCAUAAUGGUCAAAGGUAAGUAAUAUUCAGCAAUAUCCGAUGGCCAUUCAAAUUCCUGGAUACUCAAUAUAGUUUUGAUGCUAUAUUAGUUUAGUGGUGACGUUUUCAGUGUAUUUCAUUCGGAUCGGAUCGGAUUCGAAAAACUAUGGCUGAGCGAACUGAGAGCGCAGAGGCGAAAUCAGAGUCUUUGAUCGAGAAGAUUACAGAGAAGAUCCAUGGUCAUGGCGACUCUUCAUCCUCCUCAUCCGACUCUGCAUCGGAGCAAGUGAAACCGGAAUCUCCGUCUUCUGUUAAGACCAAGAUUUUCAGGCUUUUUGGGCGAGAAAGACCAGUUCACCAGGUUUUCGGUGGAGGAAAACGUAAGGAUCUCUCACUAUUUUUAUCUUUUUUCUUUUUUCUUAUCCAAAACCCACCAGCCACCUCCAUUGUCAUCUUCUUCCUAAACCCUAAAAGCUCUCACCACCUCUGCAGUUAUCUUCUGUUGCAUGCUCAGGCUCUCACCUUAGCUGCGUUAGCUGGUGCAGCAGUGGUGGAAUACUAUGACCACGAACGUGCAAAAAGGCUGAUCAGGAAGAAGAAGGAAAGCCAAGUACAUCACCAAGUCACAGGGUGUCAAGCAUUUUCAAGUCAAUUUACCUCUUUUCAGAUUUCUUAGUAUAAAAUAUAUAUUGGGUGAACAACAAUCUGCAAGACAUUCCAACAGCAGAAUGAAAAACUUUUGCUGUGUAUGUUCGCAUUAUAUAAGCUUACAUUGGACAAGAUCGUUUAAGAUAUGGGUUUUUGAGAGUUGAAUCGGCUUGUACUUCUUCUCAGCUCGUCGGAACCUUGUCGUAUCCGUACAUUUCGAACAACGAAAUUGGAAAGGGAUUUGCUGGGUUUUAAGUUAUUAUAAUAAUGGGUUGAAUAAUAUUCCAUGAAAUUAUAUAUAAUUACUAUAAAUCUUCCUAUCGUGAUAUCAUAUAAGGCGUUUUCGUGGAUUUAUUUUGUCAUUGUCCAAUUAUAAUAUACGUGGUUUGAUAGUAGAUAUAGAUUUUUCAGGAAACAACAUUAUGUUUAUACGUGGCUCCCCACCUGUAUAAACAUUAUGUAACAAGAUAUAGAUUUUUCUGUUUUUCUGUUUUUGUUUAAAUAUGAAUUUGAAUUAAAUAUAUAUUUUUUGUAUUAAAUAAAUAUAAAUUUGUUUAAAAUAAAACAAAUUAUAUUAUUAUUUGUAUUUAUGGAUUUACAUGGAGUAGUGUAUGCAAGUAUUUCAUAUACCCAAUUUUCUAAAAGUAAAUAAUAAGUAUUAUUUUAUUAUGAUUUAUAUAUACCUAAUUAUAUUUUACCAACCAA